UUAUUACGCCAACGCAGGUACAACAGGCUUUGAACAAUCCUCACAACUCCUUGUUAUAGUAUAGUAUAGUAGUCGGAGCCGUUGAAAUAGCUACCUUUUUGUUUUACAUAUUUGCGUGUAGUAUGAUUUCGGAAUCAUAAUUAUCAUUAUAGCCAUAUUUUCAAAAUAAAACGAUAUUACGGGAACCUGAUCUUUUUGGCGAUUCCCCUCAGGACACAGUUUACCGUAACACUACACGUGCUGUCGUCUUCAACCAGGAAGAGGAACUGGAUUCGGCCGUUAAAGCCAACUUCAUAUUUGUGUGUACGUUAGGUCUUAUUUUGCCUCUCAAAAGCACUAACUCGGGCUACAAUGACACAUUUAAGACUUCUGCCUCUGGUUUUGACUUUGUGGGCUGUUUCUUUCGCCGAAGAGGCGAGCAUUAAGCCCAGCAGCACUAAACCACCCGCGGUCAAGAACACGUCCAGCAUCAGCAACAGUAACGUUACAGAAGAGUCUCACAGAAAUAACACCACAACCAACUCAAGAAUGGACUUCAGACUGGACGGCGCGAUGAUAAACAGGGCUCUGUAUGUUCUGAUCGGGAUCACUGCCAUCGGAGUGCUGUAUUUCUUGGUGAGAGCUGUCCGUCUGAAGAAAACCAAUGUUGAGAGAAAGAAAUACGGGCUCCUGUCAAACUAUGACGACACGAUGGAAAUGGGCCACCUGGAGAGCGACGAGGACGAUGAUACUGUUUAUGAAGCCAAAUCUUUGAGAAGAUGAAUCUCUGGGAGUGAUUCAAAUUCAAUGCCAGAAAUCGAAUUUGACGAAGACAAUCCCAUUAUUUCCAGCAAAAUGGUUGUUGAAUGAUGUUGUCAUUUUCUACAGGAUGCUUGGAUGCCUUUUUCCAAUAUUUAAGUGGAAUGUGUAGGUUAAAACUAGAUAUAUUUUGGACUGAUAUAAACCAAGUAGAUCUUCUUGGAAAUUUCUCAGGUCAUACAUUUUGUUCUUGAAAGAAAGUUGGCAGGAGUUCAAAACUGUGUUUUGUGCCAAAGUUACUUAUGCAUCAUUUUUAGGGGUUCGAGACUCUUGUCUAAGUUGAUGUGUGUUAAUAUUUAAUAUUGCAAAAGACGGGCUGCCCCCCUUUUCCAGUUUAUAGACACUGAAAGGCCUGAAAGUUGUUUGCUAAUUUAUGGGACCGUUAUAUUGUUUGGACUAUCUGACUUUAUAAUUGUUUAAGGUUUACAGUCAAAUUAUGAUAGUUUUGUUUUAUUUUUUUCUCUCGUGUCUUUUUUCAUUACUAUAGUGGGACUAUACUGGGUAUUGAUUUCAGAUGUGAAUUCUGGAAUAAGUGUGAUGAAUUCACAGUUUUUUUUUUUUUGUCUGAAUCUGCCAAACACCAACAUAAGUAAGUGAUGCACUUUGAUUUUUAGGGUUCCGAAACUACAACAGCAAACCUGGUAUUUCAUGACAUGGCAACACUCCUGACCACUGCAUCAUCGUACCAUUUCAGGGUUUGUUUCAUAAGUCAAAUGAGUUAUACUUUUAGAGACUAAACAUUCCCAUAGGAUUCUGGUUCCAAAUGUGGACCUGCUUCAAGCUCAGUUCUGUGUAGAGCGUUAUCGGUGUGUAACUCCGAUUUUGUGAUGCUCACCAUGCAUUUUUUGUUUUUUUUCCAAUGGGUGUGAUUCAGGAUUGUGUAAAGGUGGCAAAUGAAUUUGCUGUUAAAACAGCACGCCAUCUUGAGGUAUAUGGAUCCAAUAUCAACACUCUCAAAUUUCCAACUUGAACAUUUAAAGGGUAUGUAUGAGGGUGUUGUGGCAUGGUUUUCUUUGAAAUACAUUUACUUGUAUUUAGUAUUCAUUAAUGCUAUAAAAACCGAAAUGCAUGAACUUUCACUUUAUCAAUACUUAAUAAUUUCAAUAAUUCCCGAAGUGUGCCUUUCAUUCAUUCCCUUUUUGUAACUGCAAUUGAAUAGAUGUGAUUAUGGGCUCCUUUGUAAUUAAAUUCUAUCUUCUAUUUUCA